AUGCUGAGGAUUGAACGUCUGGGAAUGACGAAAGUUGUUUGCCUGCUAUCGUUUCUUAUUGGGUUUGGCUUUGGCUUUUUAACUGCUCAUGAGCAAUCUCAAGACAAAUCUAAUGUAGCAACAUCUCAAUUGAAUAGAACAGGAUUAUGCCCUCCGGGAGGUUUUCCUCUACUGCUUGUCUCACUAGAUGGCUUUAGAAGUGACUACCUCAACAGGGGAUGUACUCCCCACUUACUUUCGAUUGUGAGAGAUGGUGUGCAAGCCAAGUUUUUGCAGUCUCAGUUUCCAACAAAGACAUUUCCUAAUCAUUACAGCAUUAUAACUGGCUUGUAUCCGGAAAGUCAUGGGAUUGUGCACAAUCGCUUUUAUGAUCCGGCACUUGGUGACACUUUCUACAUUGGUGGACCUUCGUCUCAUAAUCCAGACUGGUGGAAUGAAGGAGAGCCAAUUUGGGUAACUGCAACAAACCAAGGCUUGAAAACAGCUGCAUACUUUUGGCCAGGAUCAGAUGUGGAGAUACGAAAUUCGAGGCCAGAUUAUUGGUUUCUUUAUAACAGUUCUGUAUCUUGGAGUGAUCGCGUGAAUACUGUAUUGCAAUGGCUAGAUCUACCAGAUAGCAAUCAGCCAUCAUUUAUUACUUUGUAUGUUGAAGAACCAGAUCACACAGGACACAUUUCAGGGCCAGAGUCACAUGAAGUGAAUAUUGCACUUACCAAAGUUGACUCUUUGGUUAUCAAACCUCUUAUCAAUGGUUUAAAAGAGAGAGGAAUUUAUGACUGUGUGAAUAUGAUAAUUGUUUCAGAUCAUGGAAUGACUGCAGUGAACACGGAUCGAGUUUUGUUUGCUGACAAGUGUUUCGCUCUCAGUCAGGCAUCAUUUAUAGUAGAAGGUCCUGUGUCUCUACUUUACUCGGCUCAUGGAGUCAAGUCAACGAUUUUUGUGAACAGAGACUACAGCCAGUGUUUGAAUAAGAAUGCUCGAUUCUAUUUAAAGGAAGACCUUCCAAAGCGUUUCCAUUAUGCUAACAACAAACGUAUAUCAUCAGGUGUUGUACUUGCAAACUUGGGAUGGAGAGUUUUGCUAAGGUUGUUUUCAGCUCAAUUUGGAGUGACUAUGUCUUAAUUUGAAGCUAGCUGAACUCUUUAAAAACUAGGUUUGACUGUAAUUUAUGGUAUCAAAUAUGCACAAGCUUGACUCAAGCUAAAUUCUGUGCCGUGUGACUAGUGUGAGACUUGUCUAAUGUUUUGUUGACUACACGUUUCCAUUCCAAUAACAUUUAGAGGUGAUUAUACUGAUUGGCAAAAGCAAGAGCGUGGUGCUCAUGGUUAUGAUAACUUGGAAACAAACAUGAAGGCUCUUUUUAUUGCCAGAGGUCCUCAUUUCAAGAAAAACAUUACUGUGGAAGGAUUUCCAAACAUCGAGAUAUA